AUCGUCGAUGUACAUGAAAGUUAGACCACGUGUUUGGAUGUCAUCGACCGAUUUUGUGGAUACUGUAAUCAAGAAGACCGGAUGUGUAGAAGGGUUGUGAUCCGGUUGCAUUCCCUUACACACAGAAUUACAUCAUUUGGGGAAAAUGGAGGGAAUAUUUCUUUUCUUGUUUCUCCUCCUGUGCAGCAGUAUAGAAGACGCUGUGUCACAGAGUAACAGAAUAGUUACAUUUUUUGACAAGAAUACAGAGGAAGAAUUGAGAAUAUUCAGACAAAGCGUCAAAGAUGAGGAUUUUUACUAUUUAGAAGUCGAUUUCAAUGACAGUCUAGCAGUAGGAAAAGCAGUCGAUGAUGAAGUUUUAAAGAGAAAUUGGCUACUGGGCAUCAUAGCUGUAACUCGCACCUGCCAUUUACCUACCCUUCAGUCGUAUGCUGAUUACCACGAUUUGGCGUUUUUGUUCGUUGGUCCUUUGUGCAGCUUGAAGUCCGAAUUAACAGGAUCAUACCAUUUGUUUAUGAGGCCAGCAUUUGUUGGGGGUCUUGUGGAUGUAAUGUUUCACAAGCAGUGGGAAAAGGUUUACUAUUUUUACGAUUCCGAUGAAGGCUUGCUGGAAUUUCAGCAACUGUUAAACGAAAUUCAUAUCCAGGAGUUGAGGUUCGAUCUGAUUGUAUUGCGUGUUCGUCAUUUGGAUGACUGUUAUAAGAAAAUAAAACAGGUAUAUAACAAGGAAAUGGGAAGUAUUCGGGUUCUACUGCAUUUAAACCUCAAGGACAGUCAGGCAGUAAUGUCCAGAUUGAAAGAAGAUACAAAGAUUAAUAAUUUUCGAUUUCAUAUUCUUUUGUCUAAUUUGGGAUUGUACAACAUGAACGCAACCAUUCAUUCACAAGGUCUCAACAUCACCGGAUUCAGACUGGAUGUUGAUCAUAAUAAUACAGAUUACCAGGUAUUGGUGACUGAUACUGUGGAUUUCGUGAGAAAUGUUCUCCAUAAAAUGGACCUAGACGUAACAAAUAGAGAGGAUACGCUUAAAAAAAGAAAAGAACUCAAAGCAGCGCUUCAGAAGGUGACAAUACUUGACGAGGAUGGGAUCAGAACUAAUUUUACUCUACGCGUUUUUGAGACUUUGGUUACAAGGCAAUGUUUACAGAUCGGGAAGUGGAUAUCUAGUGAGGAGAUAGGUGCACGUUUAGAAAUGCUGAACACGUCCCAGAUAAAGGUGCAGAAACAUCCAACAAAGAAAAAUGAUAUUAAAGUUUCCACUCAUCAAGAGCGGAUCAUUACUACUAUAGAUGAUCCACCAUAUGUUUUCAUCAAAAAAGAAUACGAAGACGAAGUGAAACAAAUGAAAGCUAAGGGAGAAAGAGUGUGUGGGAACUCAUUCUUCGAAGGCUUUUGUAUUGAUUUAGCAGAGAAAGUGACUGAAAUCCUUAAUAUUACAAACUAUACUAUAUGUAUAGUUCAAGACGGUCAGUAUGGAUCCAUCCAGCCAAAUCAGACCUGGAAUGGAAUGAUCGGGGAAGUUAUGCAAAAGAAAGCUGACAUGGCUGUUGCACCAAUAACAAUUUCUUCUACUCGGGAAAGAGUUGUUGAUUUUACGAAACCUUACAUGAGCCUGGGAAUCAGUAUUAUGAUCAAGAAACCAGCCGAUGAAGGCGCACACAUAUUUUCCUUUAUGGACCCUUUAUCCUCGGAGAUCUGGAUGUGCAUCUUGUUUGCCUAUGUGGGAGUGAGUGUUGUUCUGUUCUUAGUCAGUAGAUUCAGUCCUUCUGAAUGGCAUGUUGAUGAUAAGAACAUUACAAACGACUUUACAAUAUCGAACAGUCUUUGGUACUCACUCGGUGCCUUCAUGCAACAAGGAUGUGAUAUUUCUCCAAAGGCCAUUUCAGGGAGGAUUGUAGGAAGUGUAUGGUGGUUUUUCACUUUAAUUAUUAUAUCAUCAUAUACUGCAAAUCUCGCUGCUUUUCUCACUGUGGAUAGAAUGAAUACACCCAUUAGUUCUGUAGAGGACCUGGCUAAGCAAACAAAAAUCCAAUAUGGAUGUCUGAAAGAGGGCGCUACAUACGAAUUUUUUAAAAAAUCAAAGUUUGCUUUAUACGAGAGAAUGUAUGCCUAUAUGACGUCAGCAGAAAACGUGUUUGUAGAAAAGAACAGUCAGGGGUUCGAAAAAGUUAGGAAUUCCAAUGGAAAGAAAUACGCAUUUCUUGUAGAAUCCACAACAAAUGAAUAUAUCAAUACUCAAAAGCCUUGUAAUACCAUGAAAGUAGGUUCUAAUCUAGAUUCUAAAGGAUAUGGAAUAGCUACACCAGUCGAUUCAGAACUCAGAGAUCCACUGACAUUGGCUGUACUUCAACUCCGAGAGAACGGAGAAUUAGAUCGCCUCAAAAAGAAGUGGUGGUACGAGAAAUCUCAGUGUGAUCAAGACACGGAAAAGGAUGCAUCACAAGCGGAACUGACUUUAGAGAAUGUGGCGGGAAUUUUCUAUAUCCUGUCUUGCGGACUAACAUUAUCUGUUGUUAUUGCUGCCAUCGAAUUCUUGUAUAAAUCUGUUGUUGAUUCUAAAAAGGCAAAGACAUCCUUUGGUUCUAUGGUGCGAUGUAAGGCUAGAUUAUCAUUCCGAGGGUCGCUGGAUGAUAGUUCUCUACCUAACUCACCACAAAAGAAACCAACAGCCACGUACACCUAUACUGGCCCUGUACAAGUUCCGGAGUACGAACCGUAUCCUGAAAAUAAUACUCACACUCAGGUGUAAAACGUCACACGUAUGUAAUAUUAGCCAGUGCUCUCUCUGAAAUAGACAAAAGACAAUUUGUGAGAGAUAAUUUUUUACCACGAAAGAAAGAGGCGUGUUUCUGUGUUCGUUGUAACAUGAAAUAAAAGUGUGUUUCAAUAUGUUGAAUAAAAGUGUGUACUAUAUCGGUAUGAAACGUAUAGAAAUUAUCUUUUUAUUAAUUAAAAUGGGGUUUACAUUUGAUUAUUGCCUUAUAAAAGAAAAUCAUUCGAAUAUUAUUUAUCUAUGUUAAUAACAAAUUGAAUGUUUGAACAAUUCUACUCAUUCAAAAAAUCUUUACUGAAUUUCCAGUAUCGAAAUGUUCUUGAUUAAAAUGUGUAAAAAUUUAAAAA